CUUUUUAUCCUUUAUGGUGCAUUAUUAUCAAAACAGCAGAGAUGGUAAGCUCAUGUUCCUCAAACUCAUCUCCGGUUCAAAAUCCAGGGGAUGAGACUUAGUGAUUCAGUCAAAUCCAAACUCCUAAAGAUGGGUAUUUAGAGAUCAAACUUCAUCUUCAUGACCUAUCUGGAAAAGUUACAGAUUUACUUCUGUAGAUCUUUUGAGAGAGAGAGAGAGAGAGAGAGAGAGAGAGAGAGGCCCCCAAAUCAAGUAAUCUUGUAGGCUUCAAGGAUGAGAAUGGGCUCCACUGUGGCAAAUCUGGAGUUUGGUACGCCGGGUUUUGGGUGACGUGGUGUUCCAAACAAGUAUCCAAAUUGCAUGGAUUGGGAUUGGAGAGGGUAGGUUUUUGGGUUCUCAUUCCUUCGGAGCAGUUGGGUUCUCUCUCAUUCGCGCUCUCUCUCUCUCUGACUCCUUUUCUCUCUCUACUGCAACUUCUCAGAAAAACCCACCACCCCUUUUCAACCCUUUUUGUCUGCCAAACGUCUACCAGCUUUGUUUCUGAGAUGACUUCGUCUCCUCUCCCCUUCUUUCCAACCAUGAUUGAUCAAACUAAACUACCCUUACUUUCAUGUAUAAUCCACAGAAACAGAGAUUAUUAAAAAAAAAUACCCUUACUCUUCUUCUUCUUCUUCUUUAGCAAUUAAGAGGGACUCAAGCGAUUUCCUGCAAUUCCCAACUCUCUCAAAUGCUAAGCAUCCUAAGUCGGAGACUCCGGCGCCUCUGCUCAAGACUAUACUGGCCAAUACGGAGGCGUCCAAAGACCAAAAUCGUCAUCAGGAGGUUCGGAAAAUCCAACCUGAAACCUCAUCCCAAAGAAGAACCCACCACCAGCGAACCAGCUAAUCCUCAAAAUGGUCAACUGGGCAGUUCCACUUCUAAACCCAGAAGGCCAAUUCGACUUGCAACUUUCAAUGCGGCCAUGUUCUCCAUGGCAACUGCCCUCCCUCAAUCUGAUAAAUCUGUUUUCUUUGAUUAUAAAGAGCAAGAUUAUCUCAAAAUGCGGCGAGCCAUGGAAGUCGAUAUCAGAGCCAAAUCCGUAAAUGAUCGACCCAAGAGCAUUCUGAAGCAAUCUCCCCUACAUCCCAACAUCAUGAACAGUCCUGACCAUGCUUCCAAGCAACAGAAGUUCGCUAAAUCAAAAUUGAGGGUUUCAAUCAAUCUCCCUGAAAACGAGAUCUCAUUAGUGCGCAGUAGACAAUCCAGUUUUUCCGAAGAAAAUGGAGAAGGGCCAUCUUCGUUGAGCAAGAUUGAAAGCAAAAACCCAAGAGGCAAAGCUCCUCUGAGGUCCAAUUUGAGCUUUCCCACCAAUAAAACCAUGAUUGAUAAGGAGGGUGAGAGCCUGAGAAGCCGUAGAUCCAUUCUUGAAGUCCUGAGGGAAGUGGAUGCAGAUAUAUUGGCUCUGCAAGGAGUCAAAGCAGAGGAAGAGAAAGGCAUGAAACCUCUUUCAGACUUGGCUACUGCCUUGGGCAUGGAAUAUAUAUUUGCAGAGAGCUGGGCUCCUGAGUAUGGGAAUGCAAUCCUGUCCAAAUGGCCAAUUAAGAAAUGGCAAGCUCAGAGAAUUUUCGAUGAUACUGACUUCAGGAAUGUGUUAAAGGCAACAAUUGAUGUGCCCCAGGCUGGAGAAAUCAACUUCUAUUGCACUCAUCUUGACCAUUUGGAUGAGAAUUGGAGGAUGAAGCAGAUACAUGCAAUUAUCCAAUCAAAUGAUGAGCCUCACAUCUUAGCUGGAGGUCUCAAUUCCCUCGAUGAAGCAGAUUACUCUGUGGAGAGAUGGUCAGAUAUUGUGAAGUACUAUGAGGAGAUAGGAAAGCCGACGCCAAAGGUUGAUGUGAUGAAGUUCUUGAAGGGGAAGCGUUAUGUUGAUUCUAAAGACUUUACAGGCGAAUGUGAAUCUGUGGUUAUGAUUGCCAAAGGCCAAAAUGUGCAGGGGACCUGCAAGUAUGGAACCAGAGUGGAUUACUUAUUGGCAUCACCAGGCUUACCAUAUAAGUUUGUUCCUGGAUCAUACUCUGUCAUGUCAUCAAAAGGGACAUCUGAUCACCACAUGGUAAAGGUUGAUGUAGUAAGGGUAGACGACACCGACCAAGAAAAUGUUACCUUACAGCGUAGAAAAAAACCAAAACAGAAGGUUGUAAAGAUAACAACUCCUUCGUCAAGGGGAUUAUGGAAAACAAAUACUUGAAGAGCCAUGGAAUUGCUUCUUCUUCUUCUUCUUCUCCAUAUUCUUUUUAAUUAUACAUUUUUGGUAUUCUUUUCUCGAGGGUGGGGAGAGUAGAGAUAAUUUAAAUUGCUUCAUCCUCCUGACAGAUACCUUCUUAUGUAAAUUAUUUACAUCUGAAAUGAGAUUGGAAAAAAGAAUUGAAGGAA